AUGUCAUUAUCCAUAUCCGCCACCGCCGCCGCCAGUGGUCACUACUCUGCACUUUCGUUGCCAACAAGAACCACCCAAAUCAACUCUAAGCAGAACCCAACUUGUUUUCUUCCUACCACCAAGUUGUUUUCUUCAAGAAACCAUUUUUCUUGUAGUUUCUCAAAACCCUUCCUUUUUGUGGUUAAAGCUUCAUCUGAUGUUGGGUCAGAAGCACCCAAAGAAGGAGAAGAAGAGGAACCGUAUGAAGAGUAUGAGGUUGAGAUUGACCAGCCUUAUGGAAUAAAGUUUGUGAAAGGAAGAGAUGGUGGAACUUACAUUGAUGCUAUUGCUCCUGGUGGGUCUGCUGAUAAAGCCGGAGUCUUCACUGUUGGUGAUAAAGUACUUGCCACCAGUGCUGUUUUUGGGACCGAAAUUUGGCCAGCUGCGGAAUAUGGAAGAACAAUGUACACAAUUCGCCAAAGAAUAGGCCCGUUACUCAUGAGAAUGCAGAAAAGAUAUGGAAAGAUAGAAACUGGUGGUGAGUUCACUGAUAAGGAGAUCAUCAGAGCUGAGAGGAACUCUGGUGUAGUUAGUAAUAAACUCAGGGAAAUUCAAAUGCAAAACUACCUAAGGAAAAAAGAAUUGAAAGAGCGUCGGGAAAGUGAUUUGAGAGAAGGCUUACGACUAUACAAGAAUGCAAAGUACGAGGAAGCAUUAGAGAAAUUUGAGUCAGUUUUGGGAACAAAGCCAGAGCCUGAUGAAGCAGCAGUGGCAAGUUAUAAUGUUGCUUGUUGUUACUCUAAGCUAAACCAGACUCAAGCUGCACUUUCUUCACUUGAAGAAGCUCUAAAUUCUGGUUUUGAAGACUUUAAGAGAAUCAGAACUGAUCCUGACCUUGCAAAUGCAAGGGCAUCCCCGGAAUUCGACCCAUUACUGAAAAGAUUUGAUGAAUCAUUUAUCAACGAGAACGCCAUCAAUGCCAUCAAAUCGAUUUUUGGAAUAUUUAAUAAGAAAUAA